AUGAAGAAAUAUGAAAUCGUGAUUCCUACUAAAGCUGUUGAUAGAGACUUUGUAGCCUAUGCUGGUUCAUUGCAACGAGUUGAGGAACUGAGGUGGUCCACCACUGCUGGUGAGCCGUGGUUCACUCCUGAUGAGAUGCGGAAGAUAGUGGCUAAAGAUGCUGCAGCAGGUGAUGCUCGUAAGAAGGUUGACGAGGAUGAUUAUGAGAUGGCUGCUAUGAUAAAGGACAACCUUCGUGACUACAGGGGUUACCCUAAAGCGGAAGAUAUUUUUCUUCGGAAACUCAGGUCUUAUGAAGCAAAGGCGAAGAGAGGGCAAAAGAGGAGCCAUACAGAGAUGGCUGAACAGGAGGUAGGAGGUAGUUGA